AUGUUUUUAAGUAUUCAAUUUAUAAUUUUAUUUUUUGUACUGGUAGAUAUAAAAAAUAUCAUAGCAUUAAAAUUAGAAAUAUUUAAAGGACGAUUUGGUUCUCCUAAUACAAUUUCUAUGUUCAAUAAAGAUAAGAAAAUAAGAUGUAGAAGAAAAGAAGUGCCUUUAUUAUUUGUUCCAAGUAAUAAAUGUUUAAAGGAUUUAUAUUUGCGUAAGCAUUAUAAAGUGAGUAAAUUUGAAGAGAAGGGUAAUUUUUUAUAUUUAAAAAGAGGACAGAGAAAUCGUAAAGAUAAAAAUUAUCCAUUCACAAUAUUUGUUGAAUAUGGUACAAUUAAAAGUGUAGAUAUAUUAGAAAAGGAUAGUAAUAAAUAUGAGGAGGGUAAUCCAAAUUAUACAAAUGUUAUUAUAGAAGGGUGUAAGGAUAUUAUUGAUUGUACGAAAAGUGAAGGUUUACAAAAUUUAAUGAGCCAAAAGGUAGUGGAAAAUAACAAAAUGGUGGAGAAUAAAAAGGGGGCAGAAAAUAAAAAGAUGGUAGAAAAUAAAAAGGUCGUAGAAAAGAACAAAAUGGUAGAAAAUAAAAAGGUCGUAGAAAAUAACAAGAUGGUGGAAAAUAUUAACGUUAAGGAAAGAUUUGAAAAAAAGAAUAAUAUAAGAAAUAAAAGUCUGAUAUUAAAUAAAAUAGGAAAGAGAAAAAGUUAUAACAAAAAAAGGAAGAGUACAACUUCACGUGUUGUUGAUAUACAAAAUACGAAUAUGAGAGAUUAUUCAUUUUUACCAUCUCAAGGAAGGUCCUUAAAAUUAUUAAACAUUAUUUACCAAUCGUGGAAAGAAAAAAAUUUCGACAAUUUCUUUGACGUUUUAAAUAGCGACGAUUUUGACCAUACGUGCAUAGAGAAUUGGCUUCACAAAUUUUCUAUAAGCUUAAGUAAGAAAUAUUUGAAGAUAAAAAUAUGUGCAGAUCAUAUAUUGGUCCGAAAUGAAUAUUAUGAGAAAGAGAAUAAGACAUUGAAAGAAUAUAAGAUAACCUAUUCAAUAAUAAAUAAGUGUUUAAAAAUAUUAAUAAAUAAUAUGUAUAAGUUUUGUUCAUAUGAAGUAACAUCAAUAUUAUGGGCUGUAAGUAUUAUAUUGAUGAAAUCAUUCAAGAAUUCAACUUCUAUAGGACAUAAUAUAAAUAAUGAGAAUACUAAACAUAAUGAGAUGAUAAUAAAUGUGAUUGAGAACUUUAAUAUAUUUUUAUCAUUAAUAAUAAAUAAUUUAAAUAAAUUAAAAUAUAAUUUAUCUAUUGACGAAUCUUUAUGGGCUGUUUGGAGUAUAUGUAAGUUAUUAUAUUUUAAUAUAUCCUUUGAUAAUUAUUAUAUAAAAUUAAAAAAAAGAAUAUCAAAUAAUUUAAAUAAAGAAAAUAAAAGUGAGUUAAAACCAUGGAAUGAAUUUAUGAAUAAUGGAGAGGAUACUUUAUUAAUGGAUAAAAAUAAGAAUGAAAAUUAUAAUAAAUUAAAAAAUAUAAGAUUGAUAGAUAAAGAAUUAAUAUUGAAUGAGAAUAAAAAAGAUGAAGAGAAUAUAUGUUAUGAUAAUAUAUAUAAUAAUAGUUCUUAUACUAACUAUCAAAUAUUUUAUAUGAUGAAAAAGUUUAAAUUAAGUGGAGAAGAUAUUGUAAAUAUCUUAGAUGUUUUUAAUUAUUUAUAUAAAAAAUUAUAUAAGAAUAUAAAUUAUUUAAAAGAAAAAUAUUAUAUAUAUAUUCCAUUUAUUAUAUUUGAAUCUCAAACUUUAAUGUUAAAUAAUAGUAUAUUACUUUUAAACAAAAUAUUAUAUUUAAUAUUAAAAAAUGAUGUAUUAUUAAGUUUAUUUUCUUUUGACAAAAUAAAGAAAACCAUCUUACCACCUCUUACACAAAGAGUUGAAGAUUAUGAAGAAACGUUAUUACAUUAUAAUAAAAAUAAGGAUUUAUUUAGAAUUAAAACAUUGAGUAAAAUAUAUAAACUUAUAAAAUGUAUAUCAAAAAUAUACUAUCCUUUAAAAAAUCAAAAUAUUUAUAAUAUACAUUUACAUAAUAAUUACAAAUAUUUAAACGCAUCAAUUUUAAAAAAUUUUGUAUUAGCAUGUAAUAAGGUUUUGAUCAAAUAUAUUGAAUAUUUUGUUUAUAUUAUAUAUGGGUAUAAAAAUAUAAAACCAAAAGGAGACACAACAAAAUAUAGUAAGAAUAAUAAAAUGGACACAUCUAAAAAUAUUAUACACAAAAAUAAUAUAAAUAAUAUUAAUAAUAUUAAUAAUAUUAAUAAUAAUAAUAAUAAUAAUAAUAAUAAUUCUCAGUUUAUUAUUCAAAAGGAAGAUAUAAGAAGGAAUGUUAAGGACACAUAUAAUAUUAAUGAUAAUGGUCAUAUAAAAGAUAUUACGACAAAUGAUUUUAAUAAUAAUAAUGUGAAUUUUUCUAGUACAUAUAAUCAACAAUAUGAAGAUAUAAAUAAUAUGAAUAUAAAUCAUGAUAUACGAUUCAAAUUUAAAAACGAAAUAGUCUUCAUUUAUAACUGUUUAAAAAGUUCUUUAGUUUCUCUUAUAAAACUGGAUUUGAAAGAUAAGUAUAUUUAUGAAUGGUUAAAUAAAAAUAUAUUUUUAUUUCAAUUUCCUAAUAAUUAUUAUGUAGAUAAAAAUAAGGAUCAAUAUUUAGAAUACAUAGAAGAAGGACGACGAAAAAAUAAAAGAAAUGAAGAAAUGAUCAAUAUACAAAUGAAUGAUUAUAAUAUGAAUAAAUAUAUAAACCAUAAUAAUCAUGAUAAAAGUCAAUAUGAUAAUGUGACUAAUAAUGUGCAGCAAUGUGUUUUAUCCGAUAAUGAUGAGGAGAUGAUGAAUGAAAAUUAUAUGGAAUCUGAAGAAAAGACGAAAAAUAAAAAAGAAAAAAAUAAGGAUGAUGAUAUAUUAAAUAAUGGAGACGAAUUAUAUGUAGAUAAUUCAUUAUAUAAUAAUGAAAAUAUAAAUAAAGAAAAAAAAAUAUUAAGUGAACAAAAUAAAUGUGAAGAAUAUGAUAUGGAUGUAAAUAUUAAUAAUGUUUAUAAGGAAGAUGUUAUAGUUGAUAAAUCGUAUGAAAGUAAAAAAAAUGGUUUAAAAUUAUAUGACAAGGGUGAAGAAGAAAAAAACGAAAAUUAUAAAAAUGAUACAAAUAGUGAUACAUAUAAUGAUACAUAUAAUGAUAAAAAUAAUAUAAAUUUUGAUAAUAUCAAAAUGAAUCAGUCAGAUGUAUGUUUAGAUGUUUUAGCCCUUAGUAAAUUUACAAAACAAUAUAGUAAUGACAUGAAAAGAAAAUUAAUAGACAAUGUUGAGAAGAGUUUAGAAUACUCUUUAAAAAUAUUUGAAAAUAUAUAUAAUAAGAAAAAAGGGGAUUUGCCAAUAUAUAUAAUAAUGAAUGAUAUAUAUAUAAUAAAAGACAAAUAUAUUGAAUCAUUAUAUGAUGAAGAAACAAAAACCUUUUAUAAAAAAAAUAAAAAUAUUGAAUUUAGAAAUAUUAUUAUGCCUAAACAAUUAUCUAUAUUUAUUAAUUAUUUAGGAAGAAAUAUUUAUUUAAUAGAUAAAAAUAAAUUAAAUAGAAUUUUUUAUUUAUCUAUUCAAUAUAUUAAUAUAACCAAAUUUAAUUACUUUACAUCCAACGAUAUAAUACACUUCUUACAGGGAUUAUUAAAUUAUUAUAACCUGCAAAAUGAUAGAAAAGAUAUAAAUAGUUAUAACAACAAUGAAGUUGAUAUUAGUGGUAGUAAUGGUAGUAGUGGUAGUAGUGGUAGUAGUGGUAGUAGUGGUAGUACUAUUAGUUGUAGUGAUAGUACUAUUAGUUGUAGUGAGAAGACCAACAACAAUAAUAAUAAUAUCAAUAGUAAUAAAUUUAUGAAUGAUUAUAUAAACGAAUUGAUCAUAAAUUUAUGUUACAUUGCUGAAGGGACAUUUUUAAAUUGGAAACUAGCAAAUGUAUGUCAAUUAGUUUAUCUCCUGACAAAAUUUAAACAUAUACAUAAAAAUAUUUUCAAUAAAUUUGACGAAUUCUUAAAUACUAUACAAUUUCCACAGUAUGUUUAUCAAAAAGAAAAAUCCUAUAUUUUAAAUAAUUCUACAGUAAAAAAUGACAACAAGGAAAAAUAUAAACAUGACAUGAAUCAUACAAGUGAAGAUAUAAUAUAUACAAAUCAAAAUAUCCACACAAACAACAACAAUAAUAAUAACAACAAUAAUAAUAAUAAUAAUAAUAAUAAUAAUAAUAAUGUGGAAAAUUAUUAUCCUAAUAAUUAUACAAAUGAGAAAAAUAAUGUAGUACAUAAUAAAAAAAAUAAUAUAUCUAUAAACGAAUUUAAAUAUGAUAACUUAGGUUCUGCGUUAUGGGCACUUUCUUCACUUAAUAAAAAUAUUCUAAAGAAAAAGUAUUAUUUAAAAUUUUCUUAUUUGUUUUCUAUAUAUUUUUCUUUACAUAUGAAAUUUUUCUUACAAUAUAAAUUAGGAGAUCAACAAGAAAGAAAAAGUUCAUAUUUAAAUUAUAGUAAUAAAAAUUCUCAUAAUAAAUAUAACGAUGAUAUUUCUUUUUUUAAACAUAAUAUGAACUACUUUAAGAAUGUGAUAGAUUCUAUGACAAUAAGUAUAUAUAUAAAUACUUAUACUAGGAAAAUUAAAAAAGGAUUCUAUUUCUUAUAUGAUGUUAUAUAUAAUAAUGUCGAUAUUAUUGAUAUCUUUUCAUUGAAGGAGCUCUCUUAUGUGUUGUAUUCUUUAAGUAGUAUAAAUAAAAACGAAAUAAGUAAUACUGUAUAUCGAGGAGAGAAACAAACAAGACAGCAAAAUGUUUUAUUGAAAUGUGAGGAAAAAUUAAAUACAUCAGAUGAAACAAAUGUAUUAGAAAAAAAAGAUGUAUCAAAUGUAAUGGACAAAUCAGAUGCAUCAAAUGAAUCAUAUGAAUCAAAUGUAUUAGAUGAAAUAAAUUUACCUAACGAAACAGAAAAAUUAGGGUUUAAAAAGAACAAUAUUGAUAAUGAAGAAAAUAAAAGUGAGGAAGAUUUAUUUUAUAAUUUUUUAAAAUCAAACAUUUCAUUAUGUGUUGAUGAUUUGGAUUAUUUAUACAAUUUAGAUUAUAUAAAAGAUGAGGAGAUAAGUAAUCCAAUCAAACCUCUGAAUGAGAUAGAUGAAAAUAUUGAUAAGCAUGAUGAUAUUAGAAAUGAUGACGUUGAAAAUAGUCCAUCAACAUUUUCGAUCACAAAUAAUACUAAUAUAUUGAGUGAUGAUAAUAAGACAACCAAUAGGAAGAAGAAAGGAACUGUUGUAAAGAAAGAUAAGUUUUUAAUAUUUAAAAAUGAGAGGAUACAUUUAUCAAACGAAUUUUUAAAUAAAUUAUUGAUGAAAAUAAAUGAAUAUACAAAAUUAAUUCUUAAUGAAAAAAAAUAUAACGACAAAUCUUUUAUAAAUGAUAAUCAUUAUGUAAGUAAUGCAAGUAAAAAAAAUAGAAUGGAGAUUAUCGAUUUAAUAAAAUUAAUAUAUAGCUUCUUUAUUUUAUUAAAUCAAAAAGUACAAAUAAACAAAGCAAAAUCUAUAAAUUUUCAACAAGUGGAAAAACUUAUAUUCCAAUAUAAUAUGGUUGUUAAAAAAUUCUUACAUUCUUUUAAUAAUAUAUAUUAUAUAAUUGAUACUUAUUCUUUAAUAAGUAACAUAUAUGUCCUAGACGACUUUACAAAAAAUAUCAUACGGGAGUUUGUGCAAAUAUGCAUAAAAAAAAUUGAGGAAGAAAAAAUAUUAGACAUGGAAAAAAAAAAAAUAACCUUAAGUAUUCAAAAUUUAAAGGUUACUAAUUAA